UUGACUGUUCUGAGUGCAAUGAUUUAUGCAAGUAUAGUGUUGUUAUAUACCCUUUAACCCAACUGUGCUAGUGAUAUCUUUGUAAGAUUGUCGCCUGCAGAGAGCGCGGGUAAGAUAAACUGAAUAUCCAACGAAUAUCGAACCUAAAACUAACUUUACCCCGCUGUGAUAGUAUUGAGUAUUUCCCGGGCUAGAUGCGAUCUAUAAUGGGCUCCCUCGCAUUGUAUCUCUCUUGUAUCCGCGACUUGUUUUCGGCUGGUUAAACUGAAGCUAUCUUUUUAGUUACCAGCAGUUUUUAACCUUGGGGACUAGCAGAAGAAUUUCUCGCCGAGCAUCCUGACGGGUCCCAAUGAAAAUGCUCGGGAGAAACAGGUACAAUCUGGUGGACGAUGUGGCGGAUUCCCGAGUCCCGCUUCACAACGAGGAAGCGUAUCAACACGGAAUACACUUUCAAGCAAAGUAUGUUGGCAGCCUGGACGUCCCAAGACCUAACAGUCGCAUGGAGAUUGUCGCUGCUAUGAGAAGAAUCAGGUACGAGUUCAAGGCAAAGAGUGUCAAGAAGAAGAAAGUGAGCAUCGUGGUCUCAGUGGAUGGAGUCAGAGUGAUGAUGCGCAAGAAACCCAAGGCAUGUGUGAUGCAGAGAAAAGAGUGGACAUGGGAUGAGAGUAAGAUGGUGGUUAUGCACGACCCCAUAUACAGGAUCUUCUAUGUAUCUCAUGAUUCUCAGGAUCUGAAGAUUUUCAGCUACAUUGCACGUGACGGAUCGAGCAACUCGUUCAGAUGCAAUGUGUUCAAGUCCAAAAAGAAGAGUCAGGCCAUGCGGAUAGUGCGAACUGUGGGUCAGGCAUUUGAGGUGUGCCAUAAGCUGAGUCUGCAGCAUGCUGAGCAGAAUGCAGAUGAGCAGCCAGACGGCUCUGCAGACGGACAGAGUGAUCAAUCUGGAGAAGAGCCCAGCACUGAAGGUCGGCAGCUGACAGGAAUGGAACAUGGAACGGAUGAUGUAAUAGGAAUGGAGUCACAUGCGAAGCUCAGUGAGCAGGCUAUGGAUGACAUCCUUCAAAGCCUGUCAGAGCUCAACAUAGUGAAACCUGGACAAACCCUCCAGUCUUUGCAAGACUCGGAGGGUGUUUCUCUCUACACGUUGUCUCCCAGCAGUCCUUGCUCUCCUAUUCUCACACCUUUGGCCACCCAACAUCACCUGCAGUUACUCCAGCAACAGUUGCUACAGCAGCAACAACAAACACAGAUUGCUGUAGCACAGGUGCAGCUCCUGAAGGAUCAGCUGGCAGCAGAGACGGCGGCCCGCAUGGAGGCGCAGGCCAGAACUCACCAGCUGCUGCUACAGAACCGAGAUUUACUGCAGCACACAGCCCUGCUGGUCAAACACCUCAGCCAGCUGGAGAUCAGAGUCAGUGGAGCCACACAGAGAGGAGGAUCAACAUGGAGUAGCAUCCCCACUCGCUCUCUCUCUCUAAAUCUGAAGAAUCUUUACACUCCUCGCUCAGACCAGCCCAUCACCUCCACUCCAGCAGGGCAGUCAGAAAACCCUCCCGUCUCCUCCCACGCUGAGUCCUACCUCAAUCUCCUUAACCUACGUGGUGUACUACCCACCAUUACAGCCAAUGGGAAGACAGAGAACGCAAGAAGUGAAGAGGGAUUGGAUGCAGCGAGAAGGGAAGUUGCUAAGCUAGAGACUCGGAAUUCGACGGCACUUGAUGAGAGGUUUAAACAAAUCAUCCCUAAGUUGGACCCUCCUCCCCAGCCCCUUAACCGCAAGCGCUCAAACAGGACUCUCUGUCCGGGUGUGGAGGCAGAGAUAAAACCUGCAGCCAUGCCCAUAAAUGAGUCUGAACUCCCAAACAUGAACAGUAGCUCCUCCUUUCCUAACAUCACCCUUUGCUCUGUUUCACCUGGGGAUUUCUACUCUUUCACCAAUAGCUACAGUGUGUCUUGUUCAGCCAGCGAGGAUUCUGGUGUACGCUCGGAUGACAAAUCCCUAGUAUCGCCCCAAUCCACAGAUGACCCAACUAAUGACCAGAGCUCUGCUUUCAUCUCUACAUCCAGCACCUGCAGCAGCUUGCCUGAGGAUCAUCCACCAGUGGAUGGUGGGACUCCACCACAUUCUACAACACCCACUGGCUAUGAGCAAACAAUCCCAUUGUCUUCGCCUUUGAAUGAAACCUGCCUUCAUAUUAGCUUGAGUGAAGAUGAACUUCUGGAGGACAGCACCUAUAAUGUCACUACCCCAUGUAGGAGUUAGAGUUGGACCAGUCAACCAAUGGUUUCACUGGAACAUCGUGAGAUUUCACAAUAGUGAUGGAACUCCAAGCCACAGAUUUGUUGUAGAAACAAAUAAAGGAGAAAAGGGAAUAAUUGACUACUGAAGCUUCUUCAUGGCCUGAUGAAAUACUAACCACUCCCUCUUAUUGUAUUUUGCAUAUUGAAUUAUGCAAAUCUUUGGCUUCUUGAUCAAUGACUCUGUACUGACUUUUUGUAGCAUAAUAAAAUGGCAUGUUCCUUUAUUUGCAAUGCCUUAAAAGAUUUUUAUCUAUAAAAACAUUGCUGAAAGAACAUUUAGUAUGAUUCAGAAUAGAAGACUAUUGACAGAUGGAUAGAGUGUAUUUUUAUAGACUGAAAAUGAAUAGUUAUUUUAGCCUUUAGACAAGCAAUGAAUGGAGUACUUGGACACAUACUAAGAUGCAUAGGAACUGCUUUUGUUAGUGCCACCAAUAACUGUGUUCAUCUUUAAAGGUGAUGUGUGUAUCAUUUUCUAUGUUAAAAUACACAGCUUAAUGUGGAUGGACAAUUAUACGUAAGCCAUUCAUAGGUUGUUCAAAAGACCCUAUCAGAACUUUACUUUGUUUGAGCAUCCCAAUCAGGCUGACAGUAUGAAAUUAAAUCAACCAAUGGCAUGAAUAUGGGGCAGGACUAUUUGUUUCAUCUUAACAAUAUCAGAAUUGGAGAGUCUCAGUCUGGAAAGCUGAUUGAAAAUAGUAAUUAUUUUGCAAUUCCUUUAAAGGUGAGGUGAGAAAUUACACACCUCACAUUUAAAGGUAUAGUUCACCCAAAAAUGAAAAUUCUCUCAUCAUUUACUCACCCUCAUGCCAUCCCAGAUGUGUAUGACUUUCUUUCUUCUCCAGAGCACAAAAUUAUGAUUUUAAGAAGAAUAUUUCAGCUCAGUUGGUCCAUUCAAUGAAGGUCUUAAUAACAAAUAUAGCAAUCAUAAAAUUAAUGCAUACGGCUCCAGUGUUUUAAUCCAUAUCUUAAGAAGUGAUAUGAUAGGUGUGGGUGAGAAACAGAUCUAUAUUUACUAAGUCCUUUUUUGCUAGAAAUUCUUCUCCCUGCCCUGUAGGGGGCGAUAUGCACAAAGAAUGUGAAUCACCAAAAACACAAGAAGAAGAAAGUGAAAGUUAAAGUGGAGAUUGACUGAGCAGGGAGGAAAAUUUAUAGUAAAAAAAAAAAAAAGACUUAAAUAUUUAUCUGUUCCUCACCCACACCUGUGAUGAUAAAUGAUUAGACAGUUUUCUUUUUUGGGUGAACAGUUCCUUUAAGUUGUUGGGCACACAGUGUGUGAUUUUUAUAUCAGUUCAGCGCCAGUGUUUCUACUGAUAUUUGCUGCAAUGCAAUUGUAUUAUAUUUAUAUGUUCUUUGGAUGUUAAAGAGCAGUUAUAUAUAUAUCAAAGAAAACCCAGAGCAAUAGAAAAUGUGAGGAACAGGUAUGUUAGCAUAAGAGGUAGGACUAUAAAAGCGGCGAAAGGAUAGUUGAGGAACAUAUAGAAUGUUGACGUAAAAAUAUGUGUGAAUGUGUGCAAAUUGAGGUGAAAUAAGGAUAUUCUUUCAAGAAUUCACAACUGUACACUUGCAGGCAUUUUGUUUUAUUCUGUGAAAUGUGAGAUUGAAUAACUAAACAAGGCAGAGUGGAUAUAUGACUGGAGACAGAAAAAUGGUAAAUGAUUACGUCUAGACAUCUUGAAAGGUGGAACCUUCCUCUCUGAUUUCAUGGCUGUACCAAUCAAGGUAAAAUUAGGCAAGGUAAAUAUCACUUUUUCCAGGUGGAAAGGCUGCAAAGAAAACAGAUGGAGAGAGUAGAGGUGUUGCAUUAGCAGAUAUCACUGCCUUUCUCAGUAAACCACUGGCAUAUUGUGAUCACCAUAGUGAUCCCUUUUUCAAAUAAACCACCAGAUCAUCUGCUUAGGAACUUUUUGAAGUGUGAGUGUGAACAUGUGCUUUUUGCUGAUAUAGGUUAGCAGGACACUUCUAAAAGAGAAGGUAAGGUAGUAGAGGAAGGAGAUGGAAGAGAGAAAAGAAAUUGUGUUUUGAAUUGUUUUGCAACUACAGCAGCAACUAUAGCAAUAAAAGAAAUGAACAAAUAAAACAUGGCUAGUUAUUCUUGGUGCUCAAAAAGUUUGAUACAUUUCAUUAAUUAUUUCCUAUUCAAAAUUCCACAAAACAAAAUAACCAUACAUGUUGAUAGUUUUUAAAUUGCCAAAUUACAUUACUGAGUGACAGCAACUGGGGUACCCUCCAUAGAAGAGGUGAGGAUACAGCAUACUUCCCUAAAUUCUUAAAUUCCUAAAUUCUUGUUUGUCAAAAGGUUUGACCUUGUUUGUCCCCCUUUUCUGUGGUUGCCCCCAAACUCUGGAACAGUCUCCCCUUUCACGUGAGGUCAGCUCCUUCUCUAGUUGUUUUUAAAUCUUCACUAAAAUAGUAUUUUUACUGUUCAGCUUUUGACAUUGCUCAAUUAAUUGUAUUACUUGUUUGUUUAUUUGUUUGUUUUUUUCUAUAUAUAUUUACAGUAUCUUUUUAAAUUUUGGUUUUAUUGGACUGUUUGGAUGAACUGCUGUUGUUUUUAAAUGUGCUUUAUAAUUAAAUUUUGAC